ACCUGUUAUGGCCACCACUACUUCCGGGUUCUAGCAUUCUGGUCGGAAUCCACCUCUCCGCCUGUGCAACACACACUUUACACACGCACGGGGACUGCAAGCGGGCAGCAUCGAUCGUGGCUCCUUUAAGACAAACUCAGACAGACAUUUUUUUUAACCCUCCUUCUCUAAUCUCCCUCCAGUGCAGCACUUGCAAAGAGGGAGAGAGAGAGAGAGAGAAAGAAAGAGAGAGAGAGAAGAGAGAAACUGAUUAGGAAUUAGGACUGAUUCAAGGGAAGCGAGCGCUAGGGCUUUGUGCAUUUGAAUAUUAACAUUUGAGGUGUUCUGACCAGAAGAAGACAGAGCGGAUGAUCAUUCAUUCACCACGUUGACAACCUCGCCUGUGAUUGACAGCUGGAGUGGCAGAAAGCCAUGAGAUUUGGUAGUUGGGUCUGAGGGGCGCUCUUUUUUUUCCUUUUCUUUCUUUCUUUCUUUUUUUUUUUAAACUGAUUUUUUGGGGGAGAGAAGAUCUGCUUUUUUUUUUUGCCCCCGCUGCUGUCUUGGAAACGGAGCGCUUUUAUGCUCAGUGACUCGGGCGCUUUGCUUCAGGUCCCGUAGACCGAAGAUCUGGGACCAGUAGCUCACGUUGCUGGAGACGUUAAGGGAUUUUUCGUCGUGCUUUUUUUUUUUUCCAGGGGAGUUUGAAUAUUUGUUUCUUUUCACACUGGCCUUAAAGAGGAUAUAUUAGAAGUUGAAGUAGGAAGGGAGCCAGAGAGGCCGAUGGCGCAAAGGAGGAAGAUGGAAAGUUGUGCAUUUGCUUUUGAAUUUGCUUUAAACCUGUACGACGAUCUACCCCAUUACGGGGGCAUGGAUGGAGUAGGCAUCCCCUCCACGAUGUAUGGGGACCCGCAUGCAGCCAGGUCCAUGCAGCCGGUCCACCACCUGAACCACGGGCCUCCUCUGCACUCGCAUCAGUACCCGCACACAGCUCAUACCAACGCCAUGGCCCCCAGCAUGGGCUCCUCUGUCAAUGACGCUUUAAAGAGAGAUAAAGAUGCCAUUUAUGGACACCCCCUCUUCCCUCUCUUAGCACUGAUUUUUGAGAAAUGUGAAUUAGCUACUUGUACCCCCCGCGAGCCGGGGGUGGCGGGCGGGGACGUCUGCUCGUCAGAAUCAUUCAAUGAAGAUAUAGCCGUGUUCGCCAAACAGAUUCGCGCAGAAAAACCUCUAUUUUCUUCUAAUCCAGAACUGGAUAACUUGAUGAUUCAAGCCAUACAAGUAUUAAGGUUUCAUCUAUUGGAAUUAGAGAAGGUACACGAAUUAUGUGACAAUUUCUGCCACCGGUAUAUUAGCUGUUUGAAAGGGAAAAUGCCUAUCGAUUUGGUGAUAGACGAUAGAGAAGGAGGAUCAAAAUCAGACAGUGAAGAUAUAACAAGAUCAGCAAAUCUAACCGACCAGCCCUCUUGGAACAGAGAUCAUGAUGACACGGCAUCUACUCGUUCAGGAGGAACCCCAGGCCCUUCCAGCGGUGGCCACACGUCACACAGUGGGGACAACAGCAGUGAGCAAGGUGAUGGCUUGGACAACAGUGUAGCUUCCCCCAGCACAGGUGACGAUGAUGACCCUGAUAAGGACAAAAAGCGUCACAAAAAGCGUGGCAUCUUUCCCAAAGUAGCCACAAAUAUCAUGAGGGCGUGGCUGUUCCAGCAUCUAACACACCCUUACCCUUCUGAAGAACAGAAAAAGCAGUUGGCACAAGACACGGGACUCACCAUCCUUCAAGUGAACAAUUGGUUUAUUAAUGCCCGGAGAAGAAUAGUGCAGCCCAUGAUAGACCAGUCCAACCGAGCAGUAAGUCAAGGAACACCUUAUAAUCCUGAUGGACAGCCCAUGGGAGGUUUCGUAAUGGACGGUCAGCAACAUAUGGGAAUUAGAGCACCAGGGCUGCAAAGUAUGCCAGGGGAGUAUGUAGCCCGGGGUGGUCCAAUGGGUGUGAGUAUGGGACAGCCAAGUUAUACCCAACCCCAGAUGCCCCCCCAUCCUGCUCAGCUGCGUCAUGGGCCCCCCAUGCAUACGUACAUUCCUGGACACCCUCACCACCCAACAGUGAUGAUGCAUGGAGGACCGCCCCACCCUGGAAUGCCAAUGUCAGCAUCAAGCCCCACAGUUCUUAAUACAGGAGACCCAACAAUGAGUGGACAAGUCAUGGACAUUCAUGCUCAGUAGCUUAAGGGAAUAUGCAUUGUCUGCAAUGGUGACUGAUUUCAAAUCAUGUUUUUUCUGCAAUGACUGUGGAGUUCCAUUCUUGGCAUCUACUCUGGACCAAGGAGCAUCCCUAAUUCUUCAUAGGGACCUUUAAAAAGCAGGAAAUACCAACUGAAGUCAAUUUGGGGGACAUGCUAAAUAACUAUAUAAGACAUUAAGAGAACAAAGAGUGAAAUAUUGUAAAUGCUAUUAUACUGUUAUCCAUAUUACGUUGUUUCUUAUAGAUUUUUUAAAAAAAAUGUGAAAUUUUUCCACACUAUGUGUGUUGUUUCCAUAGCUCUUCACUUCCUCCAGAAGCCUCCUUACAUUAAAAAGCCUUACAGUUAUCCUGCAAGGGACAGGAAGGUCUGAUUUGCAGGAUUUUUUGAGCAUUAAAAUAACUAUCAGGCAGAAGAAUCUUUCUUCUCGCCUAGGAUUUCAGCCAUGCGCCCGCUCUCUUUCUCUCUUUCUCUUUUCCUCUCUCUCCCUCUUUCUAGCCUGGGGCUUGAAUUUGCAUGUCUAAUUCAUUUACUCACCAUAUUUGAAUUGGCCUGAACAGAUGUAAAUCGGGAAGGAUGGGAAAAACUGCAGUCAUCAACAAUGAUUAAUCAGCUGUUGCAGGCAGUGUCUUAAGGAGACUGGUAGGAGGAGGCAUGGAAACCAAAAGGCCGUGUGUUUAGAAGCCUAAUUGUCACAUCAAGCAUCAUUGUCCCCAUGCAACAACCACCACCUUAUACAUCACUUCCUGUUUUAAGCAGCUCUAAAACAUAGACUGAAGAUUUAUUUUUAAUAUGUUGACUUUAUUUCUGAGCAAAGCAUCGGUCAUGUGUGUAUUUUUUCAUAGUCCCACCUUGGAGCAUUUAUGUAGACAUUGUAAAUAAAUUUUGUGCAAAAAGGACUGGAAAAAUGAACUGUAUUAUUGCAAUUUUUUUUUGUAAAAGUAGCAGUUUGGUAUGAGUUGGCAUGCAUACAAGAUUUACUAAGUGGGAUAAGCUAAUUAUACUUUUUGUUGUGGAUAAACAAAUGCUUGUUGAUAGCCUUUUUCUAUCAAGAAACCAAGGAGCUAAUUAUUAAUAACAAUCAUUGCACACUGAGUCUUAGCGUUUCUGAUGGAAACAGUUUGGAUUGUAUAAUAACGCCAAGCCCAGUUGUAGUCGUUUGAGUGCAGUAAUGAAAUCUGAAUCUAAAAUAAAAACAAGAUUAUUUUUGUCA